AGUGGUCGAGAGUCGCGAGUCGAAUUGAACAUGAAUCGCCACCACCUAGGGAUGAUCGCAAUCGCUGCUGCUGAUAUUCCUCCUCUGGCAGUAGUGGAGGUGGCGUUACUUACUUCUGCUUCGGCAGCGGUUGCACAGUAGUUCGAUUGACUGCCCGGAAAAUGGAGGAAAACACCUUCAGCAGGAUUGGCGGCAAGUAUGUGUUCAUCUGCAAAGUCCUGUCCAUUUUCGGGGCUAUCUACUACUUCAACCAGCUGAUCGAACGGAAACCGAUCUGUGUUGAUGUGUCGUGUACUGACAGCACCAAAAAUGUCAUCACUCUCACGAUCAAGAUGAUCAUUUGCAUACUGUCAUCGCUGCUGGUGGGAUUCGUCAAGACUGGCCUGAAGGAGAUGAAGAUCUCCUACAUUCGGACAUACCGGGUGUUUAUGCUCAUCCGAAACCUCAUUCUGCUGAUGCUGUGGACAUUCGAAAUCCUGAUUCGGAAACCGACGCAAAGCAACGCCGAGGAGGAAGACGAAAAGAUGGCUCAGUACAUGGCGUUGACGUUGUUCGUCAGUAGUCUAGUCAUCACCGGUGUGGAGCUGUUGAUUUUGCGAGGCGUUCAGUGCUUGACGGAGGAAAAGUUGGCGGAGGAAAGGAGCUGUCUUGGGGCGUAACGUUGCAACGGGAAUUCGUGGAGUUGUUCGCUGUUAGGUUUCGGAUUGCUACUAAAGAUUGUGAUUCAAUUGAUAACAUGUUACAUGGUGCCCAAACAAAUGAAAAUCCAGUGAAAAUUGUGUUAAUAUUGUGCUUCUAGCUGCAGAACGUAGAUUGAAAAUUAAUUUUGAGUAUUAUCUAACGUCUAGCAUCUUAAUCAGCGUUCUACAGUGUGGUUGAUGAUGAGUUGAAAUCGUAAUAUAAAUAUUUCAGGAGAAGAAUAAACUUUGUUUAGGUCCUGAAGUCUGAAUAAACUAAGUGCAGCGAAGGUGUUACCAAAGUUAUUACGGUGAAAGUGUAUCGAAUUAUGUAUUGAUUUGCAGUUGAAAAUCUAGCAGUAAAACGAUAUUGACUGGCUCAAUUACCUUCCUGUGUUGCCUUUGUAAGAUACGGAUAUUAUAAGGCAGUGAAUUACGAAAAUUAUCUUUUUAUGUGAAAUAAAAAUUUAUAUCGAGCUGUGAUAGAAGAAAACAGA